AUGCAAUUAAAGUGUGCAGAAUACUUAAAGGAAGCUGUAAUUAUUAUAUACAUUAUUUAAGGUAACUACAAAUAAUGAAUAAGCCAGAUAUACAUAUAUGUCAAAAGCUUGCAAAUAAAUUGCUUAAUUAUUACCAUUUUAAUCCAUGUGGCAUUUGCUAUUAAAAUAAGAUUAAUUGUUUUUCUAUAUGUUGAUGUUAUAAUCAAUGUUUGGAUAGAAUAUCAAAAUGCUAUUAGAAUUAAUUAUCGAAAGAUUUGCACCUAUCACUUAGUUCCAAAUUUAAUUUCUAAAUGCUUGUUCACAAAUAUUCUAACAAGACAUCAAUUAUCUAUCAGAUGUAAUGAAAAGCCAUAUCUCAGGAAUUUAUAAGGAGUGUAUAAUCUAACUUUAGUUCUUUAUAAAGCAAAUUCCGAAGAAUGAUUCAAGCGAAGGUUAGUCAGUUGCAGAAUAAAUAACAUAAGCUUAUAAAGCUAUUUUAUCAAAUAUACAUGAUUAAAAAGUUACUUUAGAACUUUAUAACAGUUUAUAAGGAAUUGUAAAUAAAUGGCCCUUAAUACAUGAAUUGAAUCCAUUGAUUUUUCAUGAGAUUGAAGAAAUAAUAGCUACUAGAACACCUAGAACUGUUGAAGUAUAAGUUAUUGAAGAUUAUCUCGAAUGUGAAUCUCCAACAAGAUCUAAUUCAAUCCGAAAAGAAAAUUAAGUUGUAGUUGAAUUAUAGAGAUGGUUAAGUAAAAUGAAUUAUCCUAUUCCUGUAAUUUCAAAGAAAAUUGCAAGUAGUGUCAUUAAUUCUUAAAAUAUGUUUAAAUUGAAAGAUAAUAUAGAAAUCAUGUUGUCUUUUAUUUAUUGUCCUUUAAAAUAUGAACCUGCCAAUUGUGUAAUGAAAUUUGUUUAAUUUUAAGUGGUCUAGAAUAGAAAUGAAGAAAACUAUCAAUUUAAAAGAUAUUCCAAACUUAAAAGAUUGUUUUUGUCUUAAUUCUCCAGCUCAUCUUUAUCAUAUUCGUUCUAUUAGAUCAUUAUAAAGUUUAACAGAUGAUGAAAAUCAUUCAAUUAUAGCUAAAGUCAAUCCAGCUUAUUUAAAAAUUGCUUGUAUAUAAAUAUCAUUUUAUAUAAUUAGAUUCUUAUUUAUCUUAAUGCUUUAAUGAAGAUUAAUUAAAGUACUGUAACUUUAACCAUUUAACUCAAUUACUUACUUUUUAUUUAGACAAAGAAUAAGAUAUUUCAGUAUACUUUACAUUAUAUUACAAUAUACCUUAUGCAUUCCUUUAUUACAUAAAUUAUGAUUAAUCCUCUUCUUUUUUAAUUCAUCUAUUUACUUAAAUUAAUUUAAUGAUCCAUUUCCAAUCUGAACAUUAAUAAUAAUUAUAUAAUUAAGUAUGGGACUAUUUUAAAGCAGCUGACUUAUUUACUGAAUUAAUUAAUAUAUUAUUGAAUCCAAAUUCUAAAAAUGAUUUAUUGUUUAAAUGUUCUUAAGAUUUUAGAAAUAAUAAAAUGUUAGAUGUCUUCACAAUUAAUCCAGAUUUUUAACUCAAAGAAAAAGUAUAUUAAUAAAAUGACAAUAAUAAUUUUAAUUAUAUAAUUGAAGAAAAAAUUCAUUUAAAAUGGGAUAUUGAUCAAUUAAAGCAUUUUGUACACAAAAAAACAAUUAAAUAAUUAUCUUUUUUUAACAAAUCUGCAAAUAAUAUCAUACCUUUAACAAUUGAAAAACCUACUUCAAUGAUGGAUGUAAUUAGGUAAGCUAUAUAAAAUGUUGAAAUAAUUACUGAACCACAUAAAAAAAGGUAAUCCCAAAUUGGAAGAGAGAGAUUGAUUGUUCUUCGUAGUGCAUCAGUUAUGUUCGAUUUAGAUGAAUAGGAUUAGGUUAAAGAUCCUUUUGUUCCUUAUGAUUAUAAUCCUAAUCCUUUAGAAUUAAGAGUAGAUACUAAAGAGAGUAAUAAUAAGUUUGAUUAGAAAUCUUAAUCUUUUAUGAAGGAAAGUUCAAAAACUAUUUACAAGAAACAUUCAAGAAAUAUGUCAUUUUAAUUAUAUCCUUUAUCUUUAAAAGAUGUAAUUUAAGGUAAAUGGGAUUAAGAAUAAUAAUCAGUUUAAUUUUAAAUUGAAAAGUAUCAAUUUAUAUAAUUUUUAGUUUAAGUAAAGAUGAACCUUAUUGUUAUAAUUUAACCUAAUUUUUGUCAAUAUUAAUUUAACAUUUAAUUUUAUCAGAUCACAAAUUACUUUAAACUAAAAACCAUUCCAUUGAAAAAAGAGAAAAUUAUUUAGGAAUGAUUUUACUAGAUUAAAAUUCAUAAUCUAUGUUUGACAAAUUGAUUAAAGUAAUCAAAUUAUUUUAAUAUAGAUUUAUUUCUUUAAAAUUAAACUUAGUCCUUAUGUUAAAGAAAAUAGUGCUAUUUUAUGUGGAAAAUUAGUAAAUUUUCUAAUCAAACAAAAACCUUAAUAUGUUAAUUUCCAAGAUAAUGGUUAAAUUUAUAUUGAUUAUUUAUGUAAAAUAAUCAUAAAUUCAUUAUCUUGGAAGACAUCUAAUACUACAAAAAUAGAUCUAGAUGUGAGUAAAAUUUUACUUUGUGAAACUCUGUGCUUAUUGAUAGAAAAUGGAAUCGAAAGAGGCUAAACCAAUUUAUUAAAUAGAAUUACUGCUACUACAUGGAGUUGUCUAAUUGAAAUAUGUAGGUAAUGUCUAUCAACAAGACCAAAUUAAAUAUUUUAGGGUCUUUUUCUAAGAAUAUUAAAAUUAAAUAUGGAAUUUGGAUCAGACUUUAAUAUUCACACGAUCUUUAUGAAAUUAAAUUUAUUAAGCAUUCUUAAAUAGCUCUCAGAACUUACUUAAUAGAAUGGAGUUCCUAAUAAAAGAUUUAGCUAUCUAAAUGAAUUCAUAAAGUCUCUUUGCUCUCUCUUAUAGUAUUAUAUUAAUAAAAAUCCUUCCAAAGAAUGCUUUAAAAUAAUAUAAAACCUCGAUUCAUGGAAAUUGUUAAAGCAUUAAUAUAGAAUACAUUCUCAUUACCAUGCUAGCAGUUUCUAUAGUGUAGAUUCAAGAAUUGUAAACAAUUCAACUCCAGCAACAAGUUAAAGCUUAGCUAAAAUCAGAAUUCGAAAAUCUACUAAUUCAAAAGCUUAAAAAGAUUGA